UAUAUCUGCGCCUGCGCGGCGCUCCUGCGGGGCCAGUCGGGACGGAGGAGACAAGAUGGCGCUGCGGGCGAUGCGGGGGAUGGUGAACGGGGCCGCACCCGAGCUGCCGGUGCCCACCAGUGGGCCAGUGGCGGGAGCUCGGGAGCAGGCACUGGCAGUCAGCAGGAACUACCUCUCCCAGCCUCGGCUCACAUAUAAGACAGUGUCUGGAGUCAAUGGUCCACUCGUGAUCUUGGAUCAUGUGAAGUUUCCCAGAUAUUCUGAGAUUGUCCACUUGACAUUACCAGAUGGCACAAAGAGAAGUGGGCAGGUUCUGGAAGUCAGUGGUUCCAAAGCAGUGGUUCAGGUAUUUGAGGGGACUUCUGGCAUCGAUGCCAAGAAAACGUCCUGUGAGUUUACUGGAGAUAUUCUCCGAACGCCAGUGUCUGAAGAUAUGCUCGGUCGAGUAUUUAAUGGAUCAGGAAAGCCCAUUGACCGAGGCCCUGCUGUGCUGGCUGAAGACUUCCUUGACAUCAUGGGCCAGCCUAUCAAUCCUCAGUGUCGCAUCUACCCAGAGGAAAUGAUUCAGACGGGCAUUUCUGCCAUCGAUGGCAUGAACAGCAUUGCUCGGGGGCAGAAAAUUCCAAUCUUCUCUGCUGCAGGGUUACCACACAAUGAGAUUGCAGCUCAAAUCUGUCGCCAGGCUGGUUUGGUAAAGAAAUGCAAAGAUGUAGUGGAUUACAGUGAGGAGAAUUUUGCAAUUGUAUUUGCUGCUAUGGGUGUGAACAUGGAAACUGCCCGGUUCUUCAAAUCUGACUUUGAGGAAAAUGGCUCAAUGGACAAUGUCUGCCUCUUUUUGAACUUGGCUAAUGACCCAACUAUUGAGAGAAUUAUCACCCCUCGCCUGGCUCUGACCACAGCUGAGUUCCUGGCAUACCAGUGUGAGAAGCAUGUGCUGGUGAUCCUGACAGACAUGAGUUCUUACGCUGAAGCACUUCGAGAGGUCUCAGCAGCCAGGGAAGAGGUCCCCGGUCGACGAGGUUUCCCUGGCUACAUGUACACGGAUUUGGCCACGAUAUAUGAACGUGCAGGCCGAGUGGAGGGCCGCAACGGCUCCAUUACUCAGAUCCCCAUUCUCACCAUGCCCAAUGAUGACAUCACCCAUCCCAUCCCUGACCUGACUGGGUACAUCACGGAGGGCCAGAUCUACGUGGACAGACAGCUGCACAACAGACAGAUCUACCCACCUAUUAACGUACUGCCCUCGCUGUCACGGUUAAUGAAGUCCGCUAUUGGAGAAGGCAUGACGAGGAAGGACCACGCGGAUGUGUCCAACCAGCUGUACGCGUGCUAUGCUAUUGGAAAGGAUGUCCAAGCCAUGAAAGCUGUGGUGGGAGAGGAAGCCCUCACCUCCGACGAUCUCCUGUACUUGGAGUUUCUGCAGAAGUUUGAGAGGAACUUCAUUAGUCAGGGUCCUUACGAAAAUCGCAGUGUCUAUGAGACUUUGGACAUUGGGUGGCAGCUGCUCCGAAUCUUUCCCAAAGAGAUGCUGAAGAGAAUCCCUCAGAGCACCCUGAGUGAAUUUUAUCCUCGAGACUCCACAAAGCAUUAGUUGCUGCUCUUCCGUGGCGUGACCCUCUUGUGAAACGUGGGUUGUUUUCUUGAUUCCUUUUGCACUCCUCAUCCCUACCUCUGUGUGGGAGUUUACUGUGUUACCCCGUAAUUAAAAACAAAGAGUAGGUAACAUAUGUGCCAGUGUUGCAAUGUCCAUACUGCUAACAGACUUCAAAAUAUCCUUACUCUGAGAGCCCGAUCUUCAGUGCUUUGUUUAAAGUAGCUGCGGGUGGAGGUGACGUUUCCUUACAGAUGUAUGUAUUUGUACAUAAUGGUGUAGUCAGUUGCCUAAUAAUGUCUUAACUGUUUGGGUUCUCCCAGACCUUACCUCUCAGCCCGCUGGAGGGUGUCGCUCUGAAGCUAAAAUGCUUUAGGAACUUAGGGGCACGUCUGAAAGGAGCCUCCCUUCACCAGAGCCAGGAGGCGCCUCGUGAGUCCUCUCCGGGUGCUGUGUGCCUGUGGGUCUCUCUGCGCCAGGCAGAUGACUUUUUCCUGUCCACUGCUCUUUCCAGUACAGUAAACAGUUAGCAGGAAGGGUGUCCUUUCCUCCUCCUCUGGGAGCUGGGAUUGCGGUGUCCAGUUGUUCUCCCGGGGAGCCACCCAGACCCCUGCAGCUCUCACUGCUGCCAUUCAUGCCGUGGCGGUGGAAUGCACAGUGACCCUCAGCGGGUUUCAUGCAGAGGAGUAAGAGUCUCUGACAGAGUUACUGCUUGGAAAGAGUCGGGGUACGAUACAAGAAGCAAGCAAGCUGGUGACACUCUGCAUGCUGACCGCUGACACUGCUCUAAGUUUCCAAAGUGUUUACCAGAUGCUGAGGACAGCCAGCAGGAGAGGGCUCGAGUCUGUGGAUAUUUUCAACUCUGUCAGAGAGCACCCUUUGGAAAGUCCUCGGUCAGUUCUGCUUGCUGACCCAGCUCUGCCUUUUCAGAGCAGUCUUGUGGCACAAGUGAUAGCGUUUCAGCGUUUCGCCCCUGCCUGGCGUGAACCUGAGCUGUCUCCACAGUUCUGCCUAGUCACCGUCCUGCCGCCUUGUGUUUUGUGUGACUCAGGUGCAGUGGCAGCUUCCCUACUCUGUGCAUUCCAUCUCUCCAGUUGUGUAAAGUUCUUCACUUUUUUCUCUGAGGGGUUGGGGCGGGGCUGUCAGCAUGAUUAUAUUUUAAUGUAGAAAAUGUGACCUCUGGAUAUAAAAUGAAAAUAAAUAUUAAAUUAAAUGUAAGUUA